AUGGGAGACUCGCUCAAUAUCCAAAACAUGCUCGAGACGGGCUACUUUACCACGUCCAGAACUCGCAGCACUGACCCCCCGGACGAUUCCUCUCGAUCCCCCGGACCCUCGCGUUAUGCUCCCCCAGAACCCGUCCCUCCACCAGUGCCUGUACACGGUCAAGUCCCUAGAACGGUAUACCUUGCACCCGCGCCGGAGCCGAAAAGAUGGCGUCCGCCGCCGCCUACUGUUGAAGAAGAGACCGAGUCUCUUGCCAGGGAGUAUGGCUCGCCUGCAGCAUCUGUGGUUGCCGAGGAAGAGCCACAGUGCAGAGGCGAUGUUGACCAGAAGUAUGUCAUGGAGGAUGUUCAUGAACAUAACCCCGAGAGACGUUUCGUAGUCGUUCCGGAAUCUGCAAAGAGACCAACUCCCUCUGCAAACGACAGGCCCAAGAAGGAAACUCGGGACGAUACACAGGAUCGAAGAGAACGCACGUCCUCUCAGCGAUCGCCAAGACCAGAAGACAUCUACGGCAAACGAAAAGAUGCUGGCAACGGAUCACGAUAUGGACCGGACCGUCGGAGAAGCCAGCAAGAUCUGCCGGCUAUUGAUACCGAACUGGAUGACCGCCACGAACCCGAACAUCAUCGAACCCGAUCAGCGGCUACCGGCCACAAACCAGAUUACUUCGAUCCUCGCCAGUCCCGUCCCUACGGCGAUUACUUACUGUCUCCAGAUGUCAUUCAAAGUGGAACCAAAGGACGCGAGAAGAGGUAUCAUGGCAUGAGUCAACCCUCUGGGUACCAUGGACGGUCGCCAUCCAGUUCGAGUCACAAGUUUGAGACAAGCCGCGGUUCAGACCGCGAUUACUAUGGCAAAGAUCGCGCAUCGUCAUCGUCCGCAAGGCGAUCCAAUACGGAUCUGGAUGGCAGCCGGUCGAGGAGAAUGACGAGUGAUGUUGACCCCCGAUACCGUGACGAGUAUUCAUACUCCAAAAGUGACAGACGAGAUGCUUCUUCCUAUGGAAGCUCUGACAACUCCGGCCUCAAGCGUUCUCCUCGCUCCUCUAGAGAAGCGAGUCGUUCUGGAGAUGAAUAUUCUCAAAGUCCUCGCAGCUCCGGUUAUCUGCCAUCGAAACCAGUGGUACUGCAGGAAGAAAAGCCACUUCUCCAACAGGAUCGGAGGGAUGAUGACCCAGGACAUGUGCGGUCCUCCUCUCGAACACCUACUUUUCCGCUCAUGGCUCAAGCCGCAACCGCAGCCACUGCCGCAGCUGGACAGAUGAUGAAUGAUGCCUCAAAAAAUGCGCCAAGAGAGCCCACCAUAAUGACACCUCGAACCAACACUGGCACAACAAGAGCCUCCAACACUCUGCUCCCAUAUCCCGAGGACGAUCUUCCACCCGAUGUUGGCCUUGGCAUACAAGACAGUAAUUUGGACGCAAGACACCCAAAGUUUGCUGACACGGGAUCUGUGUCUAUGCCUGAGCCACCGCCAAUAGUUGCAACUACCACAGGACGCUCCUUUGACUCAAAUUAUGAUACUCCAACAACGCCGUCGACAGCUGCAGCAAUGCCGCCGGCUUGGCAGCCGCCGGUUUUUAAUCCUGAGAAGGAGGGAGUUCAAGCUGAAAGACCAGUCGGCGCCUACAGACGGUAUUCUGAAAGCCAUGGGAACGACACAAGCGAUAGCCUGCCCGAAUGCCCACGCCAGAAACCUGUUGCAGGCAUGGUAGAUUGGCUCACUCUUCCCCAUACCAACUUCAACAUAUGUCCUACAUGCUACGGCUCGGUGUUUUCUACAACGGAAUAUCGAACAUUUUUCAAGCCAAUACUUCGACCAUCCGAUGAACCAAUUGCGUGCGAUUUUGGGGUCUCACCUUGGUAUAGAAUAGCAUGGUUGUUGACUGUGAAGGACGAUAUUCCCGAUAUGCGGCUAUUGCAGCAACUUGCUACCAUUAAUUCCGCUCCCAACCGAGAGCCAUGUCCUGGUACCAAAAAAGCGACCCGGACUUGGCUUACUGUUAAGGAUCCUCAUACACGACAACCAGUUACUGACUUCUCUGUCUGUUAUCAAUGUGCGCGAUCAGUUGAGUUGUUACUGCCAAAUCUGACUGGCGUCUUUGUACCAAUUGACGCCAGACCAAAGCAGGAUGUGUGCUCUCUACACUUUACGCCGCAACGGAAACAAUUUGUUUUGUUUUUUGAUGCCUUGGAAACCACUUCUGAUAAGGCCCUUGAGGCUAAACAACCACCGAAUGUGGAUGAUUUGGCGCGAGAUCUGUGGCACUUGACUGUGGGUUCCAAGUGCCGUGAGGACAGUCCUGUGAUGGAUGGAUAUUGGCAUACGAUGCAGUUUCUGCCCCAGUUUACCGUGUGCGGCAACUGCUUCUAUGACGUUGUGAAACCGAAACUGGGAGACGGAAACGUCGUUGCACGAAACUUUUAUAUGAAGGCACAAAGGUUGCCUUCGGCUACAUGCCAACUCUACUCGACUCGAAUGAGGGACAUUUUUAGACGAUCUUGCCGCAGGAAUGAUCCCAAUUACUUGGAGGAAAAGGUGGUUCAACGACGACGUAUAGAAAAGGAUAUUUACGAGAGGUUAGUUAAACUAGACCGAGCUAAUGUGAAGGCUUCGUGGAAGGAAGAACAAGUAGAGAAGCUUGUUGAGGAAUGGAAGCGAUGGGAGUAG